AUGUCUUCGAUAUCGGAAAACCAACCACAUCUCAAAUGGCUCGGAUCUCCACCGAAUGCUACUUUCGGGACGACAUUUGGAGUGCCAUGGCCGAGGGGAAUAUACUGGCCUAGUAAAAUAACUUUUCUCUGUACCACCGAUAAUGGGGAGAUUCCAUUGCGGUCGUGGAUUACGGCAUACUGGCCCGAUGGAUCUAUCAAAUGGACUGGUCAUGCCAUAGCUACCCAUUCUUUAACGAACAAUUAUUCGAUCCGUGCUAUACCAUCGCAAGAGACGAAGAAUGUGGGAAUCAAGAUAGCACACGACACAUUAGGAAAUUCCAUCACUGUUGAUACAGGCAAGGUUCGCGUGGUGUUUCCAACCACAGGAGAUGAAGUCAUCAAAAGCAUUACCAACAGUCAUGGAAAUCGUAUUGGUGCGAGGGGACAUUUAAUCCUCUUGUCCAGAACUGAAUGGUCAGGGCUUGGAAAAUGUCGAGAAGAUAAAAGCCACAUUGAAAGUGUGACUAUCGAGCAACAAGGCCAUAUCAGAGCAGUUUUGGUCAUUCGUGGAAAUCACCAUCUGGGCCAUCGUGCGUGGCUUCCGUUUAUCUUACGGUUUUAUCUAUAUUCCAACUCGGAAGCAAUUCGCGUUAUACAUACUAUCAUCUACGAUGGCGAUCCGCAGAAAGAUUUUAUCCAAGGAAUCGGCAUUCGAUUCCAUGUUCCCCUGGAAGAUGAACGCCCAUACAACCGUCACGUUCGAUUCGCCGGUGUUGAUGGUGUGUUUAGUGAGGCCAUCCAAGGAGUAACAGGUCUCCGCAGAGAUCCUGGUAUAGAUAUUCGCAAAGCACAGAUAGAUGGUCAGUCCCUUCCUGCUCCAGAUACCUGGGGUGAAGAUGUCGGGUCUUAUAUGAAGUGGAUUCCGUGCUGGAAUGACUACACCCUCUCUCAGCUGUCACCAGACGGAUACACUAUGAAGAAGAGAACGGGCGCAAAAUACAGCUGGGUUAAUAUACCCGGUGGUACUCGAGCUGGUGGACUGGCCUAUCUUGGUGGUGCAUCGCGAGGGGGAUUGGGGAUUGGUAUGCGCCAUUUCUGGGAGCGAUAUCCUACUAGUAUCGACGUGAGAGAUGCGAAUGGUGAUGUUGGUGAGAUUACCCUGUGGCUAUAUAGUCCAUCUGCAGAAGUGAUGGAUCUUCGUCCAUAUCAUGAUGGGUUGCAGCAGGAUAGCUAUGAUGAGCAGCUUGAUGCGCUGCGUAUCACGUACGAGGAUUGGGAAGAGGGUACAGGGACGCCAUAUGGUAUUUCCCGGACGAACGAGAUCUAUAUCUUUGCUUUCGACAAAACGCCAAGUUCAGCUGAAUUGGCCAGUACGACAGAAUACAUGCGCAAUCCUCCUGUUUUGAUUCCAGACAUUGAAUACAUCGCAGAUACUCGAGCAUUAGGAGAGUACUGGUCCCCCAUGAAACCAAAUCCAUCCUCAAAAGAAAAGUUCAUCAACGAUAAUCUCAACUUCCUCUUCACCUUCUACCGCACCCAAAUCCACCAACGUCGCUGGUACGGAUUCUGGGACCACGGCGACAUCAUGCACACCUACGAUGAAGACCGACACACCUGGCGCUACGACGUUGGAGGCUACGCAUGGGACAAUUCCGAACUCUCCCCUGAUCUCUUCUUCUGGCUAUACUUUCUCCGCACGGGUCGAGAGGAUGUAUACCGUCUAGCGGAGUCUCUGACUAGACAUACAAGCGAGGUAGACACCUAUCAUAUUGGGCCGUGGAAAGGGCUUGGGACACGCCAUGGCGUGCAGCAUUGGAGUGAUAGCUGCAAACAGGCUCGUGUAUCGAGUGCUAUGUAUAGACGGAUUUUCUAUUAUCUCACUGGUGGUGAUGAGAGGAUUGGGGAUGUGUUGGAUGAGACGGUUAAUGCGGAGGGGACGUUGUUAACGUUGGAUCCGUAUAGAAAGGUUCGCAGCGAUAGAGAUUCGUAUCGUCCUGCUGUGGAUGCUGUGUCGAUUUCACUGGGGACGGAUUGGUCUGCUUUUGCAGCUGCUUGGUUUACAGCUUGGGAGAGGAGAGUUCCUGGUUGGGAGGAUGCAUUGAGCAAGUUAGUUACGUCGAUGAGAGGAAUUGGUCGACUACACAAUGGAUUCGUGACUGGGAUGGCACUAUACAAUACUUCCACUGGGGAUAUCUAUUCUCCCUCUCACGAUAUCGACAACAAAGGAACAGUCAAAGUGUCUCAUUUAUCUGCCAUGUUCGGGUUAUUCGAAAUAUGUGCAGAGAUCAUCGAUAACCUGCCUGACAUACCAGAUGGAUUUAAAGAGGCAUGGCUGGGCUACUGCCGCAAUUUCAAUGCCAGCGCAGAAGAUCAGCGAGAACGAUAUGGAGUGGACUUUGGAUCUCUUAUUCUCCGUCAAGGCCAUUCCAGACUGACUGCGUAUGCAGCAAAGAUACUAAAUAACUCCACUCUCUUGCGCCGUGCUUGGGAGGAAUUCUAUACAGGGGAUGGCUACACGGACGUAUCCUGGGAAAGUCAAGCUAUUACAGGAAGCUCAGUGCCUAUCGCUGUUGACGAGACGAGCUGGAUAUCAACCAACAUAAGUGCUCUGUAUGGUCUGGCUGCAAUUCAGAAUCUAGCAUUGCUAGGGAGCCAUGAAGAUAUAUGA